AUGGAGAAAGCAGCUUUGAUAUUUAUCGGUCUUCUACUUUUCUCAACAUGCACACAAAUUCUGGCACAAUCUUGCAACAAUGACUCUGAUUGUACUAAUCUAAAAUGUGCAACGAAGAAUAUCAAGUGUGAGCAGAACAAGUGUCAAUGCCUUGAUGAAAGAUACAUCCGUGCGAUAUCGCUUAACACGAGGUCACCGAGGUGUAAUGUUCAAUCUUGCAUUGACCAUUGCAAAGCAAUAGGCGAAGUAAUUUAUGUUUGUUUUACGUACCAUUGUUAUUGUCGCAAACCUCCAAUGUAAU